AACUACUGUCACAAAACUCACACGCUCGUCGCGUGAGAAAAAGUUAGGCUUUUGAAAUACUUUAGCGGCGCGCGAUUACUUAGGCGACAUUACACACACAGCCUCCGAGGAACAAACAUCGAUUGUCUCGUCAAUUUGGUCAUCAUCAUCAGAUGGAGAAUCUACUGGCGAAUUGUGUCCAGAAAAACCUCAACCAUUUUAUGUUCACCAAUGCCAUCUUCCUUUGCGAACGUCUUCUCGCCCAAUUUCCCUCUGAGGUGAACCUGCAAUUGUUAGCUAGGUGUUACUUGAGUAACAGUCAAGCUUAUAGUGCAUAUUAUAUCCUCAAAGGUUCAAAAAUGCCUCAGUCUCGGUAUUUAUUUGCAUUCUCAUGCUUUAAGUUGGAUCUUCUUGGAGAGGCUGAAGCUGCAUUGUUGCCCAGUGAAGAUUAUGUUGAAGAAGUUCCUGGUGGUGCAGCUGGGCAUUAUCUUCUUGGUCUUAUAUAUAGACAUUCUGGGAGGAAGAACAGUUCAAUACAACAGUUUAGGAUGGCAUUGUCAUUUGAUCCAUUGUGUUGGGAAGCAUAUGGAGAACUUUGUAGUUUAGGUGCCGCUGAAGAAGCCUCAACAGUUUUCGGGAAUGUUGCUUCCCAGCGUCUUCAGAUAACUUGUGUAGAACAAAGAAUAAACUUCUCAGAAGGAGCAACCGUAAACCAGCUUACAGAUUCUGAUAAGGCUUCAAAAGAUACAAGUUUAUGGCAAACAGAACACUUUCCAGGAGAGAACCAAGAAGAUCUGAAAAUAAAGCAGCAGCCUGGAGCAGAUAUUCCGCCAGAUACUGACAGGCAACUUAAUACAAAUGGAUGGGACUUGAACACACCUUCUCCAGUGCUUUCGCAGGUAAUGGAUGCUCCAUCGCCUCUGCUUCAUAAGAAUAUGCGUCGUCCAGCAGUGGAAGGAUCUUUGAUGUCUGUACAUGGAGUGCGUGCGCGUCGAAGAAACUUUUUUAGUGAAGAAUUGUCAGCAGAGGCUCUAGAAGAAUCUGGGCGUCGCCGUAGUGCUAGAAUAGCAGCAAGGAAAAAGAUUCCUAUGUCGCAGUCAUUUGGAAAAGAUUCCCAUUGGUUACAUCUUUCACCUUCUGAGACAAACUGUGCACCUUCUCUUUCCUCCGUGAUUGGAAAAUGCAGAACCCAAAGCAGCAAGGAAGCGGUUCCUGAUACUUUUACCUUAAAUGAUCCAGCAACGACAUCAGGCCAGUCUGUAAGUGACAUUGGAAGCUCUGUUGAUGAUGAGGAAAAGUCAACUCCUAGUGAAUCUUCCCCGGAUCGUUUCAGCCUCAUUUCUGGAAUUUCAGAAGUGCUAAACCUUCUGAAAAUUCUUGGAGAUGGCCAUAGGCAUUUACAUAUGUACAACUGUCAGGAAGCUUUGUUGGCAUAUCAAAAGCUAUCUCAGAAACAAUACGAUACACACUGGGUUCUCUUGCAAGUUGGAAAAGCAUAUUUUGAGCUACAAGACUACUUCAACGCUGACUCUGUCUUUACUCUUGCUCAUCAAAAGUAUCCUUAUGCUUUGGAAGGAAUGGAUACGUACUCCACUGUUCUUUAUCACCUGAAAGAAGAGAUGAGGUUGGGCUAUCUGGCUCAGGAGCUGAUUUCUGUUGAUCGCCUGUCUCCAGAAUCCUGGUGUGCUGUUGGGAACUGUUACAGUUUGCGUAAGGAUCAUGAUACUGCUCUCAAAAUGUUUCAGAGAGCUAUCCAACUGAAUGAAAGAUUCACAUAUGCGCAUACCCUUUGUGGUCACGAGUUUGCCGCAUUGGAAGAAUUUGAGGAUGCAGAGAGAUGCUACCGGAAGGCUCUGGGCAUAGAUACAAGACACUAUAAUGCAUGGUACGGUCUUGGAAUGACCUAUCUUCAUCGGGAGAAAUUCGAGUUUGCGCAGCAUCAAUUUCAACUGGCUCUCCAAAUAAAUCCAAGAUCUUCAGUCAUCAUGUGUUACUAUGGAAUUGCUUUGCAUGAGUCAAAGAGGAACGAUGAGGCGUUAAUGAUGAUGGAGAAGGCUGUACUCACUGAUGUGAAGAAUCCGCUCCCGAAGUACUACAAAGCUACCAUAUUAAACAGCCUCGGUGAUUAUCACAAAGCCGUUAAAGUCUUAGAAGAGCUCAAAGAAUGUGCUCCUCAAGAGAGCAGUGUCCAUGCGUUGCUUGGCAAAAUAUACAAUCAGCUAAAGCAAUACGACAAAGCCGUGUUACAUUUCGGUAUUGCUUUGGAUUUAAGCCCUUCUCCAUCUGAUGCUGUCAAGAUAAAGACUUACAUGGAGAGGUUGAUACUACCAGACGAACUGGCGACGGAGGAGAAUUUGUAGAUUCAUUGACCAUUGUGCAGCUUGGUGACAUACUGACAUGGCUAAUGGAGACGUGGACAAAAAUAUCAUUUUCAGAAUCCAACGCUCCUUUGUUGAAGCAUGAUUUGGACAAAGGAGAUUUUUCCGCAAAAUAAUGGAAUCAUGAGAUUUUCUCAAAAUAAUUACAUGUUUUUUCUGUCAAGCGAAAACUUAUAUUAAGCGAGAGUCUGAAAGAUACAUGGAUAGAGCCUCUUUAGCAAGAGUAUCAGCUAAUACAUUUGAUAUUAAAUCGUUAUUUUGUGUUAAAAUACAUUGGAAAUGUGAUUUAACCAAAGUUUUGAAAACAAAGAUUAAUUACACGCAUAGAUUUUAGUCAUUUUACAAUGCAUAAUAAUGAUUUCUAUUUCUAAACCACAAAAACCGAAUUUGAUGCACAAAAAUGUUGAGCGUGAGGACGUGGAUUGGAAGUCCAACACCCGUAAAGAGGAACAUGUAUGUACAUGUCAAAGACCUCCAAAUGAUUGUGUCCCAUCUUAAAAAUUUCGGCUAUAAAUGUAUUAUAUUUUGUUCUUGUAAGCCUUGAUUUGGCUGGUUUGUUCUACGACCAAAUAUGUAUUUUUUAUUUUUUUUACCAAACUUGUAUUGACCAUUUUUGAGUUUUCACCUCGACGUAAGUGCAUGGCGUUUGGGACAGAUGGCUCUCCGGUGGGCCACAUCUGCCUGAGAACAACAGCGGGUCUGAUGGUGAACACUCUGUUGUGGCGCGUCAAGUGUGGCAGCUCGUCUGGGUUGAUCUCGAUGGUCUUUUCUGGAAGCAACAGUGGUGUUGAUUCUGUAGAUAUUAUGGCUACCGGUGGUGGCUUUUCCCGUCUCCAUUUGUCUUCAUCAAUCGUUUUCUUGACUCGGUGUUUUUGCUAAUAAGCCCUGUUUUUGUUCUGUCUUGCCAUUGAUGUUGCCUUGAGUCAUAGGUCUUGCGUUGCAUUGCGUUUUUGCUAUGGUUGCUUUUUCACUAUGCUCUAGAGGAGUUAGUCAGACCAAUGGUGUCCAGUGUGGUGUUGAGUUAAAAAAUCUAGCUCUGUACAAUGCGACUUCAGGAAUAAACUUGGUAGGGUGAGCUCACACUGUUCGCUUUCUUUGGUUUGUGAGGUUUCAUUCAGUGAGAGCUCAUGGAAUCAUUCGACGAGCCGUUGACGGCACAGUCUUGGUCUUCUGGUGAAAGGCUUCUAAUGUCUUGUAUCUUGGUAAUUGGUUUCUAUUUCAUUUGCUCUUCGUCUCAAGCAUCAGAGCCGGGAAGAACAACAAAAUCGUCAUCACUUCAUCAUACUCCAUUAGCUUUUUCGCUUAUGUUUGAGUGAAUGGACUAAAAAUAUUCUAUGAAUUAUGCUUCCAUGUUUUUGUUUUUUUUUGCCAUAUGACCAUUUGUAUAGAUGUAUAAUCUUUCGAUUGUAAA